CCAACACCGCCGCCACAGUCACCGCCACCACUUCCCCGUCCAUCACCGCCACUACUCCCGCCACCGCCGCCGCCAUCGACACCCAUAGACACAGCUAUACGAGCGCUGGCGGUCGCACAGACCGUACCCAAUGAAGAGAGACGGUUGUCUGUGGCGUCGGACACCACCAGCCCUACGAUAACACCCGUUCCCUCCGACACGGAAUUGGAUGACGACAUCGAAGUCGUCGACGACGAUGUGUUGUACCCGACGGUCGACGACGACCUGCCGACCGAUGAACCCAUUGAAUCGCUGCUUCCCGACGAAGAUUAUUACCACCGCUUCGACUCGUUGGUGAAACGGGUGGCCGGACUGUUGGGCGCCGACACCACCGCUGCCGGCGACGUAAAGCCAGUGAUUGGCGCUGAAGAUUAUACAUCGACGACUGAUGUAAACAGUGAUAUAACAUGUGAUAUAAAAGUUGAUGUCAACGCCAUUGCGGACAACUCGCCGCCCGAUGUGACCACUGAUACCGUCCAUACCUUCAGUUUAGUAGCGGGUGAUUGUGUGCCACAGAUUGCCGCCCAACCAGUUGUUGAGCAGUCAAAUACUGUUGUGACCGCUACAGACCAAACACUUGAGCCUUACGUCAAACCUCUUAUGACAGAUCCGAGUCUACAGCCAGUGUCUGACCAGUCAUUGGCCACCACUUUAAGCACUCAAACCGAAGGCACGGCUAGUGUUGAACCAGUGGUGGCAGACAUACCGGCGCCGGCGCUACAGAAUGAUACCAACAACACAGCAAACGCUUGCAUAACACCUACCGGUGCCGUCAUUUCAAACACUGAUUGCCCGACAAUAGCCGCCAAUAAUCAUAAAAAUAGUGACACAAAUACUGCCAAAGAAAUGGCUGUCAAUGAAGAGACAGUCGAUAUAAACAGUGGUCAAGAAAGUGGUGGACAAUCGACACCGACGGCCGAUAAGGAGAUCCAGAAGGAAGGGGCGGACAAAAUGGAUCAAUCAGUUUCAGACAUUUCCAGUACAGAGAUUAACUUCACGGCAAUCGCUGACCACAAUAAAAGUGGCGAAGAAGUGGCCAAAGAAGCGGUUCCGGCGAGCGUUAGACCAAAGCGCGGCCCGCGUUUACCGCAGUCUCACUACCGGUCGCGCAACACAACACUGCGGGAAGCGCUUGGCCUGAGUCGGGGCGACGAUCACUACAUGUCGGACAUUAACAGCGAUUCCGACGCCGAUAGCGAUCAGUCAAUGACACCGUUUGACGGUUUACUACUAGACGUGUCUCAACGCAUGGCAUCUAAGGUUACGAGUCCUUCAAAGACAGGCCACCGAUCGUCGCCACACCCGUCGGUCACGCGGUCUCGGAGUUUGACGCCACGCGACGGCGCUGUGAUCGGUGGCCAUCGCCCGGAACCGCUACCGAUGGCCAAGCAGUACGUGUGUAGAGGUCACGGAAAAAGUUUCGCCAACCGAUACGAGUUCAAUGAGCACCAGUACAUCGUUCACGGCCUGACACAUCCAUACCGGUGUGAGUACGACGACAGGCGCGACCCUCAGCGCCGGUGCCGCCGACGGUAUGACCGGGCGUUUGAUUACGUGCGCCAUCAGCGCCGCCACCACUCCCUACGCGUGCGCUAUGAGUGCGAGUACAGCGGGUGUGACCAGUAUUUUGAUCACAAGUCGGCCAUCAAAGAGCACAUCACCAAAAAACACGGUAAACAGCGGCCGUUUGUCUGCGAUCGGACCGACUGUGGCCAGAGUUUUGGCCGCGAGACGCAACUCUACGCCCAUAAACGUGACGAUCACACCAAUCACUUCCGGAGCGGCGAUCGCCCGCUCGCCAGCCUUAAAGUGACCGUUCCGUUGGCUUUCCGGUGCGAUUACGAGCGAUGCGGCCAACGAUUUGCCAGUCAGUCGGCGCUCGACGGACACAAUGUGGACAAACAUUCGGGCGAUUAUCACAAACGCGAUGCCAAAGACUGCGGACAAAGUUUUUUCGCCAAAUCGGUGCUAAAUCUGCAAAAACUUUGGGCAAAUUUACUGCCAAAGCCGGCGAUGUCUGUCAACUGCCCGGACAAUAGGCCAGCGAUGGACUCAAACCCAACUCUUAGUGACCAAUCGGUGCCUAAACUCGUCUCAACGAUAUGUCAAUACGAAUGUGAUUAUACGGAUUGCUUCGGAAUGUUUGCCACCGAAGAGAUACUGCAGAAGCAUAAGAAGGCUGUCCACCAAAAGCACGACCAGUUGUUGACAUCGGCUCAAGAACUGCCCGCUGUUUCCGUUGACAGCACUUUAUUUCAAACACAUUCACUGCUUUCCAUCGGUAGGGCUGUGUCUGAAGCACUUCCCGGCAUUUCUAGUGAUAUCUCUGUGCCUAACCCUACGGCCAACACAUCCAAUGAUGAUACAAUCACUGGUGGCGUGCGUUUGUCUGACAUACCUGUGCCCACACCGGCCAACGCCGAGACUAAUAGCCGACUAUGGGAUACACUGCUAGGAGUGGUCACUCAACCGCCGGCUAUGACAGUAACCCUCACCGACACAGACAUCAGUGACGUUAUCAGCGAAACGACUCCAGCGCUCGACACCAUCGCCUCGUCGGCCAGCGUUAAGUUACCCACCGGUCGGUUAAUACCACCGCCAUUGCCGCCGACUAGCCUGUUGUCCAUUGGUCUCAGCGUUCCGGUAGUGCCGCCGAUGCCAUCGCUCUCUGACCUGUCGUUAUUCUCAAAGGCAGGCCCUCAUAGUAAUACGGAUCGGGAAUUGCGGACACAUUUGAAGACAACUCGCGCCGACUCUUCGGGCCAUACCGUGACCUACAGUGAGAAGCGCUACAAAUGCGACAAAUGUUCGCAAACCUACGGUCGCGACUGUCAGCUCAAACGGCACCAGAAGUCACGGCACGGCGUGCGGAAGCCGUACCGGUGCUCGCGUGACGGAUGUGAGCGCCGGUACGCCAAACAUUCGCUACUGAAAGCGCACAAACGGGCCAAACAUCGGUCGCCGGACUCGCUUUACCGGUGCCGAUACGGUCAGUGCGAGCGGCAGUUUGUGUCGGAGCGGCUGCUGAACGAACACCGGCUCAGAGCCCACGCCGUGGACUACCCGUACCGGUGCUUACGGGAGCCGUGCGGCGGCGCAGAUCCCUAUGGCUAUCCGACGGACGAUAUGCUAUUUCAGCACAAGUUGUCCGCACACUAUACCUGCGAUUACAAGCACUGUCAUCGGGCGUACGCCACACGUCAGGAGCUCAGCGAACACAGGCCAAUGUGCCCGUACGGGCCCAACUUCACGAGCUCCACCACCCGGUCGUACAGGUUUAGGGAUAGGACUUAUCGGUGCACUGUUUGCCGACAUAUGUAUGAAACUCGGACACAACUGGACGCUCAUAUCUGUCAGACCAGUAGACACCGGUCGGGACACUCCGUAACGGCCGACAGCAGCCCUGCGGACGACCCGCUGGUCAACACAUCCAAUAACGACUGCACGGCCGGUGUAUCGCCAGUGAAAUUCAUACCUCUGGAUGACAUACCGGUGCCCGAAGACAACGACAUACGGGUGCCGGAGAACACGACCGGCACUUUCCUUAACGACAUACCGGUGUUGAGCGCUGAAACACCAGCGGACCCGUUGUCGUUACAGCCGGUGCCCGACCUCUUACGGCCGCCCAUACCUAACGAUAGUGAACUCAGCGCUGAUAACACUAAUAGUAUUGGCUUUAACCAUACAAUGAGUGCUAUAGUAAUACAGGCGCUAAACAACACAUUCACUAUCGACAUACCAGCCCUCCCGGUGCCCGCCCUCACAGUCAGAUCAUUGUUGGCUAAUUAUAUGAACGCCAGCGUUAGCCCAAUCGAUAUCACAUAUCAUAACACCGGCACUACUGGUCCUACACCGGGCUUACCGUCUCCUCCUAUGAGUGAAGUGUUGUUCACAUGCGAUGAAUGCGACCAAACAUUUCUGUUUCGGUCCAAUUUUGCCGACCAUAAGACCUGUGCCCACCCGAGCCCUUAGUAAACGUUGGAC